AUGCGAGAGCUGGAACUUCUGGAAAACCCACUCGCACAGCGGCGCACCGCGCAGAAGCAGCUGUUCGGCACGAACGGCUGGCUUGGGUGUACCGCUGAUCUGAAGUACACGCCCGCCGGUGCUCGGAAUCCAAAGCUAGCCACCAUCAAGACCCUGGGGAAGAAGAUCAAACAGCACGUUGCAGGCAUUGCAGAAGACAUGACCAAGGCAUACCCCCAUCCAUUCACACACGGAACCCAUCGCACCAAGAUCGUGCCGGAGUCGCAUCUCCCCAUUUCUUUGGAUCCCCCGAUGCAGGCGAAGCUGUACUCCGAGCUGGAGGUCAUGAUCUGCGUCAGCGCCAACAAGUUCCUCGUUCAGCAAUACCGCGCCGGUCGCGUGUCCGAAGAAUCUGUCCGAAAGGUCACGCAUUUCUGGGGAUCCAAGAACCGGCCUCAAGUGGUGGAGUUUCAGUUUGACCAAGCCACCCAGCGCCGGUUGAUCUUGUCGAAUAUCCGCACACUGCACUUCAACGGAGAGAGUUCCACCAACCCAGUGCUCCUGCAUUCGAACCUGCAGAACUGGAGAGCGGUUGUCAAGGAGAUGAAUGUGCGUACGUUCUGCGCACCCGAUAGUGUGAUCCGAAAGCAUAUGCACGACAUCCACAAACUCCUGGACAUGCUCGGCGCGCCCGUCUCCACGUUCCUUGAUUUCGAGGAGUUACAGAUGCGCACGUUGGCCGUGAUGAAGGAGCAUCGAGAGAAGGCUCAUGUUCGGGAUCGACUUGAAUCAACUGAAUAUCACCCUCAUGAAGCCGUCGAGAAAGAAUCGUGGUCGAUCGUUAAAACUCUGCUGAAGCUUCUUCUCUCGGUUCUGGUGAUUCAUAGUCUGUCGCGCAGACUACUCACCUUCACCAUGACCUCGGUUCCGAUUCAUACCUACGGCCCAACAUGCCUGCUUGCAGAUGAUGACGCUGAUCCCUCCUCCUGGUAUACGCUGGAACGCCCGCCCAAUGUUCGCCCUCAAUUCUUUUACAUAUCGUCGUUGCCAAUCGAUGAUCCUCUGACAGCGCUUCCACCUCCCACUUCCGGUCAGGGUCCCGCGAACGAACGAGCACCGCCCCAGCCGUUUUCGAUAAAGGACAAUAUCACACUCGAGGAAGCAUGGCAAUCUAUCCGGCGGACGAGGCUACAACGCGGGGUCAGGAAUAUACCGUCACGAGAAGGCACACCUGCGAGGAACGUGGGGAUCUCGGUCCCUGGUCGGGCGUCAGCUACAGGUACACAGGGCGGCCCAAGCCGGACUGGAAGCCAGCGAAGUCCAACAAGUGUGCCUGCAAUGUCUCCAGAUGAGCCAACCUCCCAGUGUGGACCGUCAUCAUCCGACAAGCAAAGAAGACAGAGUCCUACGGUCAGUCCUCUCAGCUACCGGAAGAGAGAUAUCUCGCCCACGAGCAGUCCUAAAACCGUCAAACGUCGGACUAGCGGGUCUCCGCAGAGCGAUGACGCUAUAACGGAAGGCGCAGAGAGCACCAGCCCUAAAAUGUACCCGUCUCGCGAUGGCUCGAUCAGUGGCUCUCCGUUUGCGCGAGUUCCUGGUCCCCACCCACGGAGCCCUCUAGGUCGUUCGGUAGAGUCUGUCUCCUCGAUGGAUGGGCACCAGGAGGCUCAUCCUGAACUUCCAUCCAGCGUGACGAGCCAUAUGGCGUCCAAGCCGUCGGGGUUGAGAACGAGUAUUCAUCAAGACGAACCGUUGGAGGAUUCCAAAAAACCGCUUGAGGAUCCUUUGCCCGAAGAAGCUCAAGAAAAGGUUCCAGUAGGGGUAUCGCGUCUUCACCUUGUCGAAUUACCAAAUUUGAAGUUGUGGCAGAAGGAUCUCUCACGACCACCGAGCUCACUCGCCGGUGCCCAUGAUCAAAGCAGGCCGACAGCGGAAUCAAGGGACGAAACUCCCAUAGGACUGGAUGCUGCCAUGUCUGAUGGCAAUCGAGCCGCGGGUGGGACAUCCGUACACUCGGAGGCCGUCAAGCCAUACAUGAACUCAAGUGUUAUCUACGUCGAUGGAAGAGAUGCGCAAAUUCUCCGUCCGAGCUUACUUCCGUCAGUAUCAAGGGGGAGGAGACCGCUCAGUGCGAUCCGCAAAGGACGGCAGAUUGGUAUCCCAGUCAUUCGUGGCUUCAGCCGCCGAUUGUGGGACCAGCUACAUCCGUCCAAACCUAGCCCUGUGGAUGUGCGCAAUUAUCUACGAAGCAGCCAGUCCCGGGCGAUGCCCAGGGCAGGUGGUCGGCAAGUAUGCUACGCAUGUGCGAUGGAAGAGCUGCGGCCUACGCCUACUGAUCUGGUGUUCGUUGUACAUGGUAUCGGCCAGAAAUUGUCAGAGCGCAUGGAAAGCUUUCAUUUCACGCACGCAAUCAAUGCCUUUCGCAGAAAUGUCAACUUGGAAUUGAACAGCGAGCUGGUAUGGCCACACGUUCGCCAUGAUCAUGGAGGUAUCAUGGUUCUCCCGGUGAACUGGCGGUCUACUCUUUCGCUGGAGGAUGCGGAUCUUGACAGCCAGGGCGUUGAAGACCCGACUACCAAUCAGUUUACGCUGAACGACAUCACCCCAGAGACCAUUCCAGCUGUCAGGUCUCUGAUCAGCGAUGUGAUGCUUGACAUCCCUUACUAUUUGUCUCAUCAUAAGCCCAAGAUGAUCCAGGCUGUGGUAAAGGAAGCUAAUCGCAUCUAUCGGCUUUGGUGCAAGAACAACCCUGGUUUCCAGCAGACAGGGCGUGUCCAUCUUAUUGCGCAUUCUCUCGGAAGUGCAAUGGCCUUGGACAUUCUCAGUCACCAACCAACCCACGUCCCAGAUUUCGACUUUACGAAAACUAGUAUCCAUGGCGAUAUCUUUGAGUUUGAUACCAAGAACUUGUUUAUUUGUGGAAGCCCGGCUGGGUUUUUCCUACUCCUAAACAAAGGCAAUUUAAUGCCCCGGCGAGGCCGAGAUAAGCCCGGCUGCGAGGGCGAGGACCUACUGCGUGGUGUUGCAGGGGAGGCAGACAUCUACGGAUGUCUUGCCGUGGAUAAUCUAUACAACAUCAUGCAUACCACUGACCCGAUUGCAUACCGCGUCAACGCAGCAGUAGACCGUGACCUCGCGCACUCCCUCAAGAUCGCCUCCAUCCCCAGCACAGCCGGCUCAUUCUGGCAAUCUUUCGGCAGCGUCUUUCGCUGGAGCUCAGGGCCCUCGCUCAUGUCGGCCGCGACGACAAAUCCUGUCCGUCCGGCGGCCGUGUCCAAACUCUCAUCGAACGUGGAAAUGGAGACUCACGACUUCACCCGAGAGGAGAUUGCUGAGAAACGCAUGCUUCUUCUGAAUGACAACGGGCAGAUCGACUACUUUCUCUCCGGCGGUGGUGGGCCAUUGAACAUCCAGUACCUCAACAUGAUCAGUGCGCAUAGCAGCUACUGGACGCUGACUGAUUUCGUUCGAUUCCUUGUGAUUGAAGUUGCGCGGGAACAGGGGAGGGAGCAUACCUUGCCUAUGUUACGAGCUGAGAAGAAGAAAGGGUGGAAGAUCCACAAGGGCUGA